GCUUAUCCAUGUCGCAUUUCAGCCCACGCUGCACCACCAAAACAUCCCGUCACCAAUCAUCCCUCCCACAUCCUUCCCUCUACCACCCCAGGUGCAAGCACUUGGCCUCGACCUCAACCUUGUCAACCUGUCUUGAUGCUAGCCGACUGCUAACGCAACUUGCCCUUCAGCCGCUCCCUCCUGCCCUCCCAACCACGAACCCACGUCCUCCAUCUCGUCCCAAGCUACACGGCCGUCUUCUUCAUGAAGCGGCUGCUGGGAUAGGGCUGCUUUCCCUCCCUCCCCCCUCGAACCCCUCAGUUCUGGUACACUGCUCUCCAAAACCAAGCCUGAGCCCGACACCACCUCUUCCUUGCCCCCACGACGCCGGCGACGACCGCCGCACAUUUCACCACCGCCAACCUGGAUUCAUCGUCAACUAUAACGGCAGGGUCUCCAGCCCACUCGUACCACGCGACCGACAUUAUGGACGAUCAGCCGCCCGUGGACAGCCAAGAGGAUACCUUCGGUGGCAUCGAGGGCUCCCCGAACAUGGCCGGCGCCCACGGCUUCGAGAACGGCAACCCCCGACCACACCCGUCGCAAUCAUUCGACUCAGCCAUGGCCGACGCACCCUACUCCCCAGACGACAUGGACCCUGCAGCACGAUACACCACUCCUCCCAUCCCACAGAACGCCCAGGCAGGCUCCAACAUCUCCAGACCGCCCUCACAAGUCUCCAGCCAGGGCUACGCAGAUCGCGGCCCCGCUGGCGCACCCUCAGAUGCAAACGCCGCCAACGGCCGAAACCAUGUCGUAAUAAAGGUCGGGAUGGUCGGGGAUGCGCAGAUCGGCAAGACGUCAUUAAUGGUCAAAUACGUUGAGGGCAGCUGGGACGAGGACUACAUCCAGACGUUGGGCGUCAACUUCAUGGAGAAGACGAUCAGCAUCCGGAACACAGAGAUCACAUUCAGCAUCUGGGACCUGGGCGGGCAGCGCGAGUUCGUCAACAUGCUGCCUCUCGUCUGCAACGACGCGGUCGCCAUCCUGUUCAUGUUCGACCUGACGCGCAAAAGCACUCUGAACAGCAUCAAGGAGUGGUACCGCCAGGGUCGUGGCUUCAACAAGACGGCCAUCCCGAUCCUGGUCGGCACCAAGUACGACCACUUCGUGAACUUCCCACGCGAGGACCAAGAGGAGAUCUCAAACCAGGCACGGCGCUUCGCAAAGGCGAUGCGAGCGGCUCUGAUCUUCAGCAGCACAAGUCACAGUAUCAACGUGCAAAAGAUAUUCAAGAUUGUGCUAUCCAAGGCCUUUGACCUGAAGUGCACAAUACCUGAGAUCGAGAACGUCGGCGAACCCCUCCUCCUCUACCAAAACUGCUAGUCACGGGCCUCUUCAUGAUCGCCCGCAUGCGCAGACGUUAUUUGGCUGCCAGGAUACAUCUACAUCCCGCCGGGGCCAUUCACCAGCCCGUCUCGCCCGAUCACAGCGAAAUCGCUCAUCGUACGAGCGCGACCAACUGAGGCUGAAUGUCCAAGGGGUCCCACACUUGGUCGGAUUCUUGGCUACUUUAGGCCUCGUCCUUGCCCUGAUCCUGCCGCAUACCUCCCAUCGGAAGACUUAUGCUACGGCUGUUACGAACUGAGGUAGAACAGAAGGCACGAUGAUGUAUAUACAUCGAGUCUGUGUGGGACAUGCAACAAGCUGAAAGGGGCAUAUGUAAGAGAAAAAGGUAUUGCAUCACCAGAGAUCAGAGGAAACGGCCCACGAAAGGAAAAGAGCGCAUCGAGAGCUUUACUCACAAAAAGCUGUAAUCGCAUGUAUGCUACCAGGGGAGGAAAGGGAGGAAGAAAGAAAGAAGACAGACAUGGCUGCUGGUUGAUUCACAUUAAGAAAGCAUUAGGGUUGUUUUGCUCGGUAUCGGUACAACCGGACGGAAACUUGGACUUCUGAUUUGUGAUCUUUUAUAGGGGGGGUUCCUGAGAUUCCGUCGUUUUCCCCGGCCUUUCCCUUUGUCUCCAUUUUUUUUAUUCUGCCCUUUUUUUGUUUUUGCGCAAAUCUGGAAGUUCAGGCGUGUAAGAGCUGAAAGGAGCACAGAAAUAUCACAAACUCAUCAGAGGGGUGAUGUUUGCGAAAUGGGGGUCUGGGGCCCCCCCUUGAGCCCCUGGGAUUAGUUAUCAUCACAUCCCAUCAAUCACAUUCACAAACACACACACUCAACACUGUAAUCUCCUAUUUCAACAAAGCCAUCAGACACAGGAAGCAGGGUUCUGAGGUCUUGUUUUUCCUGUUUCUUUCAAUGUACAUUACAAGAAGUGUAUUGGGCCGCGACAUAUCGUUCUGCGCAUGCCAUUACUAUCAACUUGUGAGAUCACCAAAUAAAAAACCUCAUUGGAAGAAAGA